GAACAAACCCUAAAUAUAUAAACUAAAACCCUCCGACUUUCCCAACCAUUCUAUCUUCUGCAGACCUGAAAAAUGGGACGGAAGCGGCCGCCGAUUGUAGAACCACCGCCUGUCUCUUCCUCUGAAGUAGAGGAAGAAGAACAUGAAGAAGAAGCAGCGUUCCUAGACAAUGACGCUGUUCACGAAGAUGAUGAACAUGGAAACGAUUCAAUCGAAGAAGAUGACAGUGAGAUGGAAGAGGAGGAGAAAAAUGCAGACUCAGACGCCGAUUCUGACUCGGACAGGUCUCUCCCGUCUCCCAACGUCUCCGAUUUCACCAUCAAGCCCAUUGUGCCGAAGAGAAACAAGAAACCAUCAGCUUCAUCGGCCAGUACCGGCGAUGAGAAGACAACCCCGUUUCAGCGCGUGUGGAGCGAGGAAGACGAGUUGGCGAUCCUCAAGGGCAUGAUUGAGUACAAAUCCAAGAAGGGCACUGAUACGUAUGCAGAUAUUGGUGGGUUCCAUGAUUUCAUCAAGAAAACCGUGAGGGCUGAUGUGAGCCAGAAUCAACUGAAGGACAAAAUUCGGAGGCUGAAAAAGAAGUAUGAAAAUAACGUCGAUAAAGGUGUUUCUGCUUUCACGAAGCUCCAUGAUGAGAAGGCUUUCAGGCUAUCCAAAAAGAUCUGGGGUGUGGAGACCAGAGAUAGUGGUAAACCCAAGAAGAAGGCUAAGGUUACAAACAGUAAUGACCAAGAUAAGGGUCAGGUUAAUGGUAGCUUAACUUUGGGGUUAGCUGCAAGGAAGGAUAAAGAUGCAAAAGUGGUUGGCAUUGAAGAGAAUGCGGAACAGAAGGUUGAUGAAAAGCAUGAAGAGAAUGUGGAACAGAGGAUUGCAGAGAAGCUUGAUGAAAAGCAUGUAGAGAAUGAUGAUAUUUGGAAGGAUUACCCGUACUUGAGAGAGUCCCUGGAGGUGGAGCAAACUUUGGGGAUGCCAGAUAUCUUGAAGAACUUUUUGCGGGAGAAGUUGGGGUUGAUUCCAAGGGAGAAAGUGAGGGACAUAGAGAGUAAAUGGAGGAAACUGAAGCAAGAUGAACUGCAGUUGUAUCUUGAUAGGAUUGAAUUGGUCAAGGAGCAGACUCAACUGGCCUUGGAUUGGAUGUAAUGGAGGACUGUUGAAGGUACAAAAAUAUGUUCUUCUUCCUUGCUUUACAGUAUUUUAGGAGUUUAAUCUUGCAACAACUUUUGUGAAAACUUAUCUUUUGGAGCGUUUAUGUCAAUCUUAUGGAAAUGCUUUUAAUAAUUUUUUGGCUCUUUU